CGCCCAUGUGCUUGGAAACCAACAACAACUGAUAUUCCUUUUUCAUGUUUUUGGCUGAUUUUAGCCCUUGAUUUGCUAAAACGAUCAAUGACUUGUGCAUACAAACAUGCCAUCCGCCCAAAUGCUUCAUUGUCGCAUGUUCAGAUUGCAACCAAUGGGACAUACCUGGUUCUGCCUUAUACUAGAAACACAGUGGGGGUUUGGAGUCUGCAAGACUUAGCAUGCAAGCCCCUGGAGUUGGAAGGCCACAGAAGAGCUGUCACAGCUUUGAAUGUCAGUCAUUACUCCUCGCCAACUCUGCUGUGUUCUGCUGCUGAAGACUUCAUAAUUGUCUGGAAUAUUGAGCAUGCCAGGGCUUCACUUGCUGCAGGCAAUCAGAUUCGUGGUAAAGUGAUUGGCAAGACAUAUGGAGAGGUUCAGUAUGUGACAUUCAGUCGUGAUGAUCAGAUGGUUGCUGUAUGUGCAGAGAGGACAGUUUAUAUUCUAAAGACCCAGCAUGAGGAACUGGAGGCCACUUUGGAAGGACACAGCGGUACUGUCACAUGUGCUGAAUUCUGCCCUCAUUAUGCUGCCACACUUGUCACUGGUUCUGAUGACAGAACAUUUAAGGUGUGGGAUAUCUUAAACAGUUGUCUGGUCUACCAGUCUGCAAUCAUCUCGUCAUCCCCUUUCAUCAGUUUAGCCAUGAAUCCACAGGUAGAACAGUUUGCAAUAGGAACAUCAGAUGGUCAAGUGCGAGUCUAUGAUUUGACUGAUGGCAAUGGCUUCCGUAUGUUGAAUCAUAUUGAUGUUGAUAAAAUGGUGUUCAGAAUUAAACAGGAUGGCAAACUGCCUGAUGCUCCUUCUCCCAGGGAUCCUGGUCCAAAGACAAUCAGUAGUCGUCCAUCUUGGCAGCGUAACCCAGAUCAAAAUCCGUCCGACUUACCUGUCGAGGACGAAUCAGAAGCUGGCAAUGCUGUCCUUGGGUUGUAUUAUAAGUAUCCACCAAGUGCUGGCAGGCCGGACAGCGCAAGGAAGUUAUCAUUUCUGCAAGCAGAUGACACAGUAGUUAGUAAUCUUCUUGAUGUUGCCCCCAUCCUGGUGGUAGGAACAACAGGAUCGCUCAUUCAGAUCAACAUUAGAACAUUAGACUGUUGCAGCCACAUUGAUUUACAAGAACCUCUUGUUGAUGAGGAUGAUUUGGAAGAGCCCAACAAACUUAUAUCUGCAGCUGGCUCAUACUGCUUUGGACCGAGCAGAAAACAUCAAGAGAGUUGGUGUAUAAUUGGGAGCCUCUUCCAACGUGUCGUCCAUAUUCUGAAUCUCGCCCAACCCACCCAGAAGGAUCUGGAAGCCAUAGCUAAAGGAGUACAGAGGAACCUCAAUAGCAGUGACACCCCAAGUGGAUAUGUGCCGUCCUGUAGUACCGAACCUGAGGAAGAGGAACAACCUCUUACAGUUCUAUCAAGGGUACCACUUUGUGCCAAGUCUCCCCUGAGAUCAGAACUUGUACCCAAAACGAAGGAAAGACCACCGAUCUCUAGCAGACGAUCAUCUACAUCAUCAAUUUCAAGUUCAAGCAGCACACCUGGUCUGAUUGAUAAGAAGGGUAAAAUUGUUGAUGCGCAGCCUCUGACGUUCAAGACACAGAUAAAAUCUUCAGGAUACACUGCUGAAUCUCCAAGAACCAAAAUGUUCCAACCACAAACAAACUUCUCCAAAAACAAGCCGAAUUGGAAAACUUCCAGAUCAUCAUCCAUGGAUAGCACUGUGAGUAAAGCUUCAAUUAAGGAAUAUCCAAUGGACAGUGAACCUCCAACUAAUUUACAUAUCAAAAUUGAAGCAGACGUCAAGCCAACAGCCAUCACGAAAUGUAGAUUUUCCGGUGAUGGUCAAUAUCUAGCAUGUGCUCUCACUAACAAGUCUGGACAGGUUUUCAAAAUGCCUCUCAGUAGUGGGAAAGCCUCUAGUUUACUAGGUCACAACAGUCCUUUAAAUCACAUCCACUGGUCACGAGACAGCAAGUGGAUGGUGACGUCAGCAGACGAUAGAAGGGCGUGUAUCUGGAGUAAGGGCCAAUCAGAUCCUGUCAUGAUCAUAGACACUAUGAGGCAUAACAUGGAUAUAGAUAAAGAGGGAAAGCCAAGAAGUACAAAGGAAAAUCCGCUUUUCACCAAAGAACUCCGACAUGCUCAGUUUUAUUUCAUGGACAAGUUUAUCAUGUUAACAUCAGGAAAUGCAUUUUAUCUGUACAAGUAUCAUUUGGAUCCUUCAAAAUCGGACAUAAAAAGAUAUCUUACAAAUAAUCGAUAUCGACUUGUGAAGACAUUCCAGAUGGAGGAGGCCCAGGGGAUAACUGCUUUUACUGCCGUCAAUAGCUUCAAUUCGUAUAUUUCCUUCAGUGCUGGUACGAAUAAAUCUGUUGAAGUAUUUGAUCUGAAUGUUGGGAAGAGUGUCAGAGUGGUAGCAGACGCUCAUACCAGGCCUGUUCAUACAAUAUGUCUCAAUGAGGGUUCGUCCUUUGUGUCCCAUCCUCCCAGCGCCUACGACCUCUAUGUCACUGCGGCGGCCGGUGAUUGUAUCAAGAUGUGGGAUCUGCGGACAAACCGGUGCGUACAGAGAUAUGAAGGCCACCAGGAUCGUGUUCACCCGUGUGGGGUCGCUAUCAGCCCGUGUUCAAGAUUCAUAGCAACAGGUGCGGAGGAUAGGAGCGCUUAUAUCUAUGAUGUGCGAGCCGGGACGUACUUGCAUAAACUCACUGGACACACUGAUGUAGUGACAGAUGUGGCAUUCCACCCAGUCUAUGCGCAGCUUGUGACAACUACUCUGGAUGGAAAAAUACGACUGUUCAAAGAAAAGUGAGAGUAUGUGGACACGUGCCAAUAGUGACAUUUGACUGACUCCAAACCUGAAAUCCGUCCAAUUUAUUUGCUAAGAGUGACACUUUCUGGGGGU